AGCGUGUGUAGCCUACUGGUUGUGAGUGUAUGUCAGAGUGCGAAUCGAUCCGCGGCUACGACAGCAAAAUUAACGGGAGCAGUUUUUCAUGUUAACAACAGCAGUAUUUGCAUUACGACCACACCUGCAUUGAGCGACGCAAAAAACUUGGAUAUAAGGUGAGCUAGUCCUACCCCUCCUUGCCACGUUGGCAUCUUCUCCUCGUCUCUCUCUUCGUCCACCUCAUUCCUCUCUUCCCCCGGCAUUCUCCACCAUGGCACUCCUCCCCACCUCUCUUUCUGCCUCCGUCCCCUUCCUCCUCUUCCUCCUCCUCCUCCCCCUUCCUUCACCCUGCGCCCUGGAGUCUCUACGAGGAGGAGGAGGAGGAGGAGUAGGAGAGGAAGAGAACCGCUCCAUCUCCACCAUGUCCUAUCCCUCCAUGUCUCCGGAGUUCUGGAGCAACAGCAGCACGGGGCUGGGCAGCAGUUCAAAGUGUUCGCAGCCGGUGGUGUGCAGGCCGGGCACCCUGCUGCCCGUGUGGAAGCCCCUGAGCCCCGGGCUGGGCGACCAGGUAGCCAGGGCCGUGGUCUAUUUCACCUGUCUCAUGUACAUGUUCCUGGGAGUGUCCAUCAUCGCAGACCGUUUCAUGGCCUCUAUCGAGGUCAUAACCUCACAGGAGAAGGAGGUGACCAUCACCAUGCCAAGCGGUGAGACAUCUGUGGCCACUGUACGUAUCUGGAACGAGACUGUGUCCAACUUGACUCUGAUGGCUCUAGGCUCCUCCGCCCCAGAGAUCCUGCUGUCUGUCAUAGAGGUGUGUGGUCAUGGGUUUGAGGCGGGUGAGCUGGGCCCUGGCACCAUCGUGGGCAGCGCCGCCUUCAACAUGUUUGUGAUCAUCGCCAUCUGUGUGUGGGUCAUCCCUGAAGGAGAGACCAGGAAGAUCAAACACCUGCGUGUGUUCUUCAUCACAGCCUUCUGGAGUAUCUUCGCCUAUAUCUGGCUCUUCCUCAUCCUCUCUGUCAUCUCACCCGGAGUAGUGGAGGUGUGGGAGGCUCUGGUCACCCUGUUCUACUUCCCAGUGUGUGUGAUCCUGGCCUGGAUCGCCGACCGACGCCUGCUCUUCUACAAGUACAUGGCCAAGCGUUACCGCGCCGACAAGCACGGCAUCGUCGUGGAGACUGAGGGGGACACAACCCCGAAAGGCUUCGAGAUGAUUAUGGAUGGAAAGUUCCCUCAGAGUGGAGGGGGGGUGGGAAUGAUGCCCAGUGAGAACUUCCAGGAUGGUGCCAACAAUGCGGCGGGCACCGUGGCCUACCUGCCCAACUCCAACAGCACCAUGGUGACCGUAGAGAAUACCAAGGAGCUGGACGAGAGCCGCAAGGAGGUGAUCCGCAUCCUGAAGCAGCUGAAGCAGAAGUUUCCGGACAAGGAGCUGGAUCAGCUGGUAGAUCUUGCCAACUACUACGCCCUCCUCCAUCAACAGAAGAGCCGCGCCUUCUACCGCAUCCAGGCUACGCGCAUGAUGACCGGCGCUGGCAACGUGCUCAAGAGGCACGCCGCCGACCACUCCCGCCGCGCCGCCGCCGUAGACGAGGAAGUGGUCUGCGAGGACGACGACCUGGCUGAGUGCAGCCGCCUGGCGUUCGAGAGCACCCACAGCCAGUGUAUGGAGAACUGUGGCGUACUGAGGCUGGCUGUGGUGUGUCAAGGGGGCCUGGGGGAGAGCACCUUCUAUGUGGACUACCGGACCGAGGACGGCUCAGCCAAUGCCGGGUCAGACUACGAGUACAGCGAGGGAACGCUGGUGUUCAAACCCGGAGAGACCUGCAAGGAGAUCAAGGUUGGCAUCAUCGAUGAUGACAUCUUCGAGGAGGACGAGCACUUUUUCGUGCGGCUGCUCAACCUGCGCAUUGGUGACGCCGAGGGGAUGUUCGAGAGUGAUGAGCCAGGCGCGGGACCCAAGGGCCGUCUGGUGGAGCCACUGGUCGCCACGGUGACCAUCCUGGACGACGACCAUGCUGGCAUCUUCACAUUCCGUGAUCGGCUGGUGCGCGUCAGCGAGAGUGUUGGCACCAUGGAGAUCUCAGUGGUGAGGAACUCGGGCGCCCGCGGCACGGUGAUCCUGCCCUAUCACACGGAGGCGUGCACUGCGAAGGGGGGCGGCGUGGACUACGAGGACACCCAGGGAGAGCUGGAGUUCUCCAACGACCAGACAACUCAGACCCUGCAGGUGAGGAUCAUUGACGAUGAGGAGUAUGAGAAAAAGGAGAACUUCUUCAUCGUACUAGAGGAACCACGCUGGCUGAAGAGGGGAAUCUCAGCCCUUCUGCUUAACCAAGAGGAUCCUGAUGGCCAGAUGAGUGCAGAGGAGGAGGAGGCGAGGCGCAUUGCAGAGAUGGGAAAGCCCAUCUUGGGGGAGCACAGCCGGCUGGAGGUGGUCAUUGAGGAGUCUUAUGAGUUCAAGAGCACCGUUGACAAGCUCAUUAAGAAGACCAACUUGGCCCUUGUGAUUGGCACUCACUCCUGGAGGGAGCAGUUCGUGGAAGCUGUGACUGUCAGUGCAGGUGAUGACGAUGAUGAAGAGGGGCGUGAGGAGCGUCUGCCAUCCUGCUACGACUAUGUCAUGCACUUCCUGACGGUGUUCUGGAAGGUUCUGUUCGCCUUCGUUCCGCCCACCGAGUACUGGAAUGGCUGGGCCUGCUUCUUCGUGUCCAUCUCGGUUAUCGGCAUCUUGACUGCUAUCAUCGGGGACCUAGCCUCCCACUUCGGCUGCACUGUGGGUCUCAGGGACACUGUCACUGCCGUUGUGUUUGUGGCUCUGGGUACUUCCAUUCCUGACACGUUUGCCAGCAAGGUGGCGGCUACGCAGGACCAGCACGCUGACGCGUCGGUGGGCAAUGUGACGGGCAGCAACGCGGUCAACGUGUUCCUGGGCAUCGGGGUGGCGUGGUCGGUGGCGGCCGUCUACUGGAAGGUGCAGGGCAAGGAAUUCCGCGUGGACCCGGGCUCCCUGGCCUUCUCCGUCACCCUCUUCACCAGCUUCGCCUUCAUCUGCAUGGGCGUGCUACUGUUCCGCCGGCGGCCCUCUAUCGGGGGGGAGCUGGGCGGGCCGCGGACAGCACGCAUCAUCACCAGCCUCUUCUUCCUGGGCCUCUGGUUCCUCUACGUCCUCUUCUCCAGCCUGGAGGCCUACUGCCACAUAGAGGGCUUUUAGAGGACACAUGAGAGCAGAGACAGGGCUACUAGUCAAAACACUGAUAUACAUUAUAGUUAUUAUAAUACACACAUCUACAACAGGACAGGGCCCAGGCCAAAGGUUGGGACCUGUUCAUUGUCACUGGAUCACUAAUAACUAAGGGAUCUAUAGACCUACCAGAUAUACACACACAAUUACAUACAAAACACAUACACACAAACUGAAAUAUGAACUGUACAUAUAACUACAUGCAUGCGCCAACAAAUGCAAAUGUGGUCUCUCACCAAGACAAACACACACAUAUACAAUACUGUAACAAGGGCACCACACAGGUUGUGUGUGGCCUGGAGCCUGGAUGACACCCAGUUAACAUCAACCUCCUAUUGCACACUCAAAUGUUAUACACACUCACUGGACAAACGAGGAAGAGAAGGAGAGAAAACAAAGUAUUGGUCAAGGAAGUGAUGAAGGAAGUAAGACAGGAGAGAUGUCAAAGAAGGAAGCAUGUUCAGAAUGUAAACCAGCAUGUUGGAAAAGAGGGAGAGCGAAAGAGAGAAAGUGACAGACAGGUGUGUAGAAACUAAGUGUUGCAGUGGCAUUCUAUUCAUUCCAGCUGGCUGCAUAACAUGAUUUUGGGUCCAGCUAGACUGCUUUAACUGAAGCAGGGUCGAGUGCCAUGGGUUUUGCAGGGAUGGCCAUAGCUCUAUCACCGGUGCAGCAGAGGCAAACCAGACUCAAAGUACAGUGGUGCAAAAAAUACUCAAUUGUCAGACUUGAGUAAAAGUAAAUGCUAUACAUCAAAUUCCGUAUAUUAAACAAACCAGACCGCACAAAUGUAAUUUUUAUGGACAGCCAGGGGCACACUCCAAAACGUACACAUAAUUUACAAACUCAGUAUUUGUGUUUAGUGAGUCUGCCAGAUC